AUGAGCUGUCGCCUGCAGAGUUCUUCCGCCAGCUAUGGAGGUGGCUUCGGAGGUGGCUCUUGCAAGCUGGGAGGAGGUCGCAGUAUCUCUACCUGUUCAACCCGUUUUGUGUCUGGGGGAUCAGCUGGGGGCUAUGGGGCCGGCAUGAGCUGUGGCUUUGGUGGAGGGGCUGGUAGUGGCUUUGGAGGUGGCUUUGGAGGUGGCUUUGGUGGAGGUUUUGGUUUCGGUGGUGGUUUUGGUGACUUCAGUGGUGGCGAUGGUGGCCUCCUCUCUGGCAAUGAGAAGAUCACCAUGCAGAACCUCAACGACCGCCUGGCUUCCUACCUGGACAAGGUGCGCGCUCUGGAGGAGGCCAACGCUGACCUGGAGGUGAAGAUUCGUGACUGGCACCAGAAACAGAGCCCCACCAGCCCUGAGCGGGACUACAGCACUUAUUACAAGACCAUCGAUGAGCUCCGGAGCAAGAUCCUGGCAGCCACCAUUGACAACAACCGGGUUAUCCUGGAGAUUGACAAUGCCAGGCUGGCUGCAGAUGACUUCAGACUCAAGUAUGAGAAUGAGCUGACUCUGCGUCAGAGCGUGGAGGCCGACAUCAACGGCCUGCGCAGGGUGCUGGACGAACUGACCCUGGCCAAGACGGAUCUGGAGAUGCAGAUUGAGAGCCUGAAUGAGGAAUUGGCCUUCAUGAAGAAGAACCAUGAGGAGGAAAUGAAGGAGUUAAGCAACCAGGUGGUAGGCCAGGUCAAUGUGGAGAUGGACGCCACCCCAGGCAUUGACCUGACCCGAGUGCUGGCUGAGAUGAGGGAGCAGUACGAAGUCAUGGCUGAGAAGAACCGCAGGGAUGCUGAGGAAUGGUUCCACAACAAGAGUGCAGAGUUGAACAAGGAGGUGACUUCCAGCACUGCCAUGAUUCAGACCAGCAAGACGGAGAUCACUGAGCUCAGGAGGACGCUCCAGGGCCUGGAGAUCGAGCUGCAGUCCCAGCUGAGCAUGAAAGCCGGGCUGGAGAGCACAGUGGCAGAGACAGAGUGCCGCUACGCCCUGCAACUGCAGCAGAUCCAGGGGCUCAUCAGCAGCAUUGAGGCGCAGCUGAGCGAGCUCCGCAGUGAGAUGGAGUGCCAGAACCAGGAGUACAAGAUGCUGCUGGACAUCAAGACGCGGCUGGAGCAGGAGAUCGCCACCUACCGCAGCCUGCUGGAGGGCCAGGAUGCCAAGUAG